UCGUUACACUUUGCAGACCUUAAUUCUGAAUCAUUCAUGGUUCGUGUAGAUUUCAACUGAUUAUCUACGAUGUGUGUUCAUUGCUAAAACAACUACUGAAUUUCCACAUUAGAAUCAUUGCAGUAUGCAUUAGAAUCAGUUGCAUUUCAAUCGUCAAAGCUACGUGUAUUAAGAAAUAUGGUGGCUACCAUCAGGAAAUUAAUUUUAUGCAUAGCUUUAUUGGGAGAUACAUUAUGUUUGGAAAUAUUAUUCGAACAGUUUGAACAGUUCAAUGGAUUUGAUAUAGUAGAUAUGAAGCUUUGAGUUCGUAAGUUUAAUCAUACGAUGACGGCACUGAACGGCACGAUAUCCAUACGGCAGCCAAUAUCCAAUGAUCUUGUGUUUCACACGGACAUGUUUCACAGUCGGUUGGGAAAUCAGCAGUUCAAUCACUACCCGGCCAAACUGCCAACGAGUGGGUUUUGUAAUUUUUUCGACAAUCUACACAACAUGUACGAGGAGCAUAUACGGGACAUUGUGAACGUACCGGAGUUAAACGAAUGUCCGGUAACGGUACGGGAUGUAUUUAUACUCGAUAAGCCAUUCCCAUCCUCCGUCUUGCCACCAGUUUGUCCAACAGGGUUGUGGAAAAUUGUAAUAAGCGGCAGGUUACAAGAGGAGGAAAAACUAAGCUAUCAGAUGGUGAUGAAAGUGUAUGAAAAAGAUUACUUCGGAUGAAAGUUUGUUCGAAGUGGAGUAAUUUAUUUCAAUAACUUAUUAUUGUUUAAUUUAGGACUUGCGAAAUUGAAUAAUACUUAGCGCUGGAAGGAUAUUUAUUUAACCAAAAAUUAUUUACAUAAGCGUCACUUAGGGGUGAA